AUGCGUGAAAUAGUUCAUCUCCAAGCUGGUCAAUGUGGUAACCAAAUCGGUUCUAAAUUUUGGGAAGUUAUUUCGGACGAACAUGGUAUUGAUCCAACUGGUACAUAUCAUGGCGAUUCUGAUCUUCAACUUGAACGUAUCAAUGUCUACUAUAAUGAAGCAGCUGGUGGCAAAUAUGUUCCUCGUGCUAUUCUUGUUGAU